CUCUAAAACCUGAGUACAAAACUUCCGUGGCUCCUCGUGACUGUCCACAGACUGCGUGUCCACUGCGUCCUCUCACUGACUGCGCGUCCGUGGACAGAUGGAUCACACAGAGAGUGGAGAUGAGUCCUGUGAGGGAAACACCGAGGACCUGGACAGCGUCAAAGCGCUCACGGAGAAGCUGAAGCUGCAGACGCGCAGACCGUCGUAUCUGGAGUGGCAGGAGCGGCUCCAGAGCGGACCGUGGAAGGACAACUGCGCCGCCGGUGCAGACGGUGCGGGACCCGCGGUCAUUCUGCGCAACGAGAACUCACAGCUGGUUGUGCGCAACAUCUGCGGCUUUGACACCAUCGAUGACGCGUUGGAGUUCCUGAGAAAAGAGCUGCGGGAGAUGCAGGUGCAGGACAACCGUCUGGCCCGUCAGCUGAUCCGUCUGCGUGCGGAGAUCCACCGGCUCAAAGUGGAGCAGGUGUGCGACCGCCACAAGGAGAUGCUGGACGACGCGUCGUACGAGCUGGAGGAGUGCGGCGAGGAGUCGGACCUGCUGUGUGACAUCCCCAUGAAGGCCGCCUUCGCUCUGUCCACCCCACUGAAACACCUGGGCCUCACCAAGAUGAACAUCAACUCCAGACGCUUCUCACUGUGUUAAACUCUCUCUGCAUUUCAUCACUGCUUCUGUGCUUGUAUGGACACAUUAUCACCAGGUUAUUUCCUCCUCUGAAGAUCUGGAGUGCCAGAUACCGGUGCCAGCAGUGAAAAUGAAAAUAACGACAUGCACGAGGAAGCUUCUGUGUGCAGACCUGUACAUGAACACUCCCUUCAUGCCAGCACACCCUCUUGCUGGAUAGAGUCUGUAGUUACACAGUUUAAUGUGAACUCAAGUAGAAUAGACUGAUUUAGGUCAAUGGUAGUUAGGGUUUGGGAUGUAAAAGAUACUGACACAUAGACAAGUGUGCUUUUAGGCCUCACCUGAUAAAAUCUACACAUGCUUUGAAUAUCAUGAGGAUAUGUUUACCAUGUUACCUCGCCAUUAGACAACAGCCCUUUACUCGUUCACUGAGGUAAACGCAAACAAGCAAACAAACGCCACCGGCAACAGAGGAUCAGCAACUUGUGGCCGCAAAUGUAAAUUUGUUUAUUUUCUCUGUUGACUUUGGUGCAGGGGCGUGAGCGCUAAAGUUUUCAGUUUAAAAAAAGAACGUAAAAUUAGAGAUAUGGUCCAAUCUAAUCCAAUCCAACUUUAUUUAUAUUUUAUUAUUAUUUACAUUAAAAAACAAUGUUUUCCCCUUCCAUUAAAUUUGAAGUAACACAUUCCAGUUGCUCAUCAGUAAAACAAAGCAGAGAGGAAGUGAGAGACUCGUCUUCUUCUCACACAGCAGACACCACUGCAGUGACAGGACUCAGGAGGCUGCUCCACGUCGCUGAGCAGUGACCAAAUGUCUUCUGCUGUAAAAUGAUUUGUCACAUGUAGACGUUUCUCUUGUUCAUAUUGUGUCAAAUGAUGACAUGAAUAAUGUGUGUGUAUACUGUAUAUGAAUUUUGAGUUCUAAGUUGUAUUUCCUUGGAAUAAACUUUAAAGUUUAAAA